AUGUUUAAAAAUAUUGCUGAUUUAGAAGGUGAAGGAAAUGAGGAACCUAAGGAAGACCAACACUCGCAAGCUGAAUCUGCGUUUGAAGCCGAAGAACCGUUUUCACACGGUAGUCAGCCCGUCGUCCAGGACGCGAACUACCUGAAAGCCGAGACAAUUUAUCAAGAAGCCAUGAAGUACAUCGAUCAAAUCGGCGUGCCUUCGCAAAACCUUAAAACGGGCUACCGAAUCCUUCUCGAAGCCGUAACCUUAAACCACACCAAAGCGAUGGAAUUGGUUGCUUUCGCUUACCUGUUUGGCGACUACCUGCCGUGGAACCUGCGUAAGGCGGAAGAGAUGUUUGAUCGGCUCGCAAUUCAAGGAUCCCCUAGAGGUAACGACGACGUUGAUUCAUUCACCCACAUCUUCUGUGACAUUAAGGCAUUGACACACUAUAUGUUCGCGGCGCUCGGUGGCGAUGUCUGGGCGCAAAUGGUGUUGGGCUAUCGCUAUCUGAAUGGAGUGAAUCUGCAUCAAAGUUGCGAGUCAGCAUUGACCUACUAUCGCAAAGUUGCCCAAAAAGUGUCGGAAACCGUACGUUACACCGGCGGUCAGGCGAUGCAGCGCAUUCGCUUGUCAGAUGAGUUGGAAGACCAAUCCGGCACCCAAAGCCUCAUCGACGAAAAUCUUCUUCAGUACUACAAGUUUUUGGCCGACAAGGGCGAUGUCCAGGCACAGGUGGGAUUAGCUCAUCUUUACUUGUCCGGGGGUCGCGGCGUCGAGCAGGACUCAUACAUGGCGCUUCAUUACUUCAAUGCCGCCGCCGAGGCCGGCAACCUGAACGCCGUCGCUUACCUGGGCAAAAUGUAUCUGGACGGCAGCCCGGCGACGCCGGUGAACAACGAAACGGCAUUGAAGUACUUUCAAAAGGCCGCUGAUCAGGUGAAUGGUCUCGGUGUACCUAGGGACUACCAGGUGGCAAUGAAAUACUUUCAGCUAGCCAGUCAGUCCGGCCAUAUCAUGGGAUUCUACAAUUUGGCGCAAAUGCAUGCAACGGGAACCGGAGUGAUCAGAAAUUGCUUGACUGCUGUUGAAUUGUACAAAAAUGUGGCAGAAAGAGGAAAGUGGGCGGCGAUGCUUAUGGAAGCGUACAACUCGUUUCAGGCUGGUUUUAUCGAUCAGGCAGUGCUGAAGUACUUGUUUCUCGCUGAGCUCGGCUACGAAGUGGCACAGUUCAACACGGCGUUUCUUCUUCACGAAAACUCGGUGAAGCUGUUCGAUAAGCCUGAAAUUUACAAACGCGCUCUGUUAUUGUGGCAGAGGUCGGCGAGUCAGGGCUUUGGAGUGUCGCGCGUUAAAGUAGGCGACUACUACUACUACGGGCUGGGCACAAAGCAGGACUAUGAAGAAGCGGCCAACAACUACAAGACCGCGUCAGAACAGCUGCGCAAUGCCCAGGCGAUGUUUAACCUGGCGUACAUGCACGAAAACGGACUCGGAAUCAAAAAGGAUCUCCACCUGGCCAAACGCUUCUACGACAUGGCCGCCGAAGCGAAUCCAGAGGCCGUCGUCCCCGUAAUGUUCGCCUUGAUGAAGCUUUACGUCCUGUUCGCUUUGGAAUUCUUUUCUAAAGUAAGUUUUACUGCUACACGUGGAAGUGUGACGCCUAUGUGUUGCUUUAGUCUGCUUUAUGAGAAGCUUACGUUUGUUAGCAGGAAUAUCAUGAACACAUAG